AACCAUGCCCUUUUAGCCACCAACCCAAAAGCUACCAAAAGCAAGUGAAAAAAAAAACAAGAAAGAAGAAAUCAUCAAUCAUGUCUACUUGUUUUGUUUUUGUUCUUCUUCUUCUUCAUUUUCUCGUCCUUUUAACAUUGAAUACCUUAUCUUGUCAUGCUGCUUCUUCUUCUUCUGUGUAUGACACUUUUUUGAAUUGCCUCACAAGCAACUCAAUUCCAGAAUCAGAAAUCUCGAAAAUCGUGUAUUCCCCCAACAACCCCUCUUUUAACCCCAUUUUGCAAGCCUAUAUCCGAAACGGCCGUUUUUUUAACUCCUCCACAACUUCUAAACCGGUCAUCAUCGUCACUCCUAGGGUUGAAUCUCAUGUAUCCGGGAUCGUUCUUUGUACUAAAGAGACGGACUUACAGCUUAAAAUCCGCAGUGGUGGCCAUGAUUAUGAGGGGAUUUCGUAUAUCUCUGAUGUCCCUUUUAUUAUGCUUGAUAUGUUUAAUUUACGAUCAAUUUCCAUUGCUACAAAUGACAAAACAGCUUGGGUACAAGCAGGAGCUACUUUAGGGGAACUUUAUUACAACAUUUGGACAAAAAGUAAAAUUCUUGGUUUUCCUGCGGGUGUUUGUCCUACUGUUGGUGUUGGUGGGCAUAUUAGUGGUGGUGGUUAUGGGAAUAUGAUUCGUAAGUUUGGACUUACUGUUGAUAAUGUAUUGGAUGCUCGAUUAGUGGAUGUUAAUGGUAAAAUUUUGGACCGUAAAGCCAUGGGUGAAGAUUUAUUUUGGGCAAUUAAAGGGGGUGGUGGUGCGAGUUUUGGUGUCAUUUUAGCGUUUAAAAUCCAACUUGUUCAGGUCCCACAAACUGUCACUUAUUUCAGAGUUGAAAGGUUUAUAGAAGAGAAUGCUACCGACGCUGUUGUUCAGUGGCAGAAGGUUGCUAACAAAAUUGACAAUGAUCUCUUCAUGAGGCUACUUAUACAACCCAUCACAGUGAAGUCCAAGUCUAAGGGUGCAAAGAACAAUAAGUCGAUACGAGCAACGUUCAUAGCCUUUUUCCUAGGUGAUUCUAGUAGAUUAAUGUCUCUCAUAACCAAAGAAUUCCCUGCUUUGGGAUUAACAAAGCAAGAUUGUUUGGAAAUGAGUUGGAUUGAUUCAGUCCUGUAUUGGGGAAAUUUCGACAACACGACAAAGCCAGACGCCUUGUUGAACAGAAAAGGGGAUCCAUUAAAUUUCUUGAAAAGAAAAUCGGAUUACGUAAAAAAAGUAAUUCCUAGAGAUGGGUUGGAAUCAAUUUUCCAGAAGAUGAUUUCUUUGGGAAAAACAGGACUAGUUUUCAAUCCUUAUGGAGGUAGAAUGGCUGAAAUUCCAGAGGGAGAUACUCCAUUUCCUCACAGGGCAGGGAUACUUUUCAAGAUUCAGUACUCAGUUAAUUGGCAUGAACAAGGAUUAGAAGCACAAAAAGAUUACCUUACACAGAUAAGAGAUUUAUACAGCUUCAUGACCCCAUAUGUUUCAAACAAUCCCAGACAAGCCUAUUUGAAUUACAGGGAUCUUGAUAUUGGUACAAAUGAUCAAGGUCCACACAGUUUAGAACAAGGGAGGGUAUAUGGGACCAAGUAUUUCAACAACAAUUUUGAUAGGUUGGUCAAAGUAAAAUCAAUGGUAGAUCCACACAAUUUCUUCAGAAAUGAGCAGAGUAUUCCUACUCAAAGGAUGCAGAGGAACAUGUUCUAAUCUUAGGUCAUCAUUAAUUUCUACUUUUAUCUUAUGAGUAUUUACUUAUUAAUCAAAUUCCUUACUUCUCUCUUG